AUGACUGCCUCAAACGAUGCUAUCUCCUCAGGAGCUCUCGAGGCCAUCUUUACCGACAAAGACAAAGCUGCCCGCGAAUAUCCCGUACCGAUUCUGCAAUGCCUACAAAUCAAGCCCAUGGCAUCCGGCGCCCAGGGCGGUCAAGAGAGAUAUCGACUUGUACUGAGUGACGGCCGCCACUUCGUUCAGGCCAUUCUGGCCACCCAGUCAAAUCACGUCAUUCACGAGGGACAGCUCCAAGUCCGCAGUUUCGCCCGAAUCAAGGAGUAUACUACACAGAAUUUGAAAGAAAAGCUUAUCAUGAUCAUCCUCAGUAUGGAAGUGGUCGAAUCUAUGGGUGUCGCAGAGGGCAAGGUUGGAGCUCCCGUCAGCAUUGAACAAGUCAGGCCCGCGACGAAGCCAGCAGAGACGACGAUCCAGGGAAAUGAUUUCUAUGGCGUCAAGGAAGAACCCACAACACAGCCCAAGCAGAUGAUGCCAACCCGUCCUGCCGCGACCCCGGGUGAUCCCAUCUACCCCAUCGAGAGUCUUUCAUUCGUUCUCAACAAGUGGAAGAUCCGGGCGAGAGUUACUUUCAAGUCGGAGAUCAAGAGGUGGCACAAGGCCAAUUCUGAGGGAAAGCUCUUCAGCGUCCACCUGCUCGACGAGACUGGCGAGAUCAAGGCUACCGGUUUCAACGACCAGGUGGAUCAAUUCUACGACACACUGCAGGAGGGCUCUGUCUACUACAUCUCGACCCCUUGCAAGACGACCACUGCCAAGAAGCAGUUCAAUAACCUGCCUCAUGAGUUCGAACUCACCUUCACUCAGGAAACAACCAUCGUCAAAUCCGAAGAUCAGUCGAGCGUGCCUCAGGUCAAAUUCAACUUCUGCACAAUUGAGCAACUGCAGAGCGUUGAAAAGGAUAACACCGUAGAUAUCAUUGGCGUUCUGAAAGAAGUCGGCGAUUCUGACGCAAUUAAGACCAAGGAUGGCAGAAGCUUCUCGAAGCGCGAUCUUACUCUGGUUGACGAGACUGGAUUUUCUGUCAGACUCACAGUCUGGGGCAAGACUGCAGAGGGUUUUGAAAUCCAACCUGAAUCAGUCGUUGCUUUCAAGGGUGCCAAGGUCUCCGACUUUGACGGAAAGAGUCUCAGUCUCCUAUCCUCCGGUACCAUGUCUGUUCAUCCCGACAUUCCUGACGCUCAUAGGCUGCAAGGCUGGUAUGAAUCAGCAGGUAGGGGCGGUAACUUCCAAAGCCACAGAAAUGGCAUGGGGAACGCCUCAGGCCGAUCAAACCCAGUCAAGACCGUUGCCGAAGUGAAUGCUCUAGAUGUCAAUAUGUUGUCAGAUGACGGUGCACCUGUUUAUUAUUCACUUAAGGCUUCGAUUCUCUUCUGCAAGCAGGAUACAUUCGCUUACGCCUCGUGCCCUAACUGCAGAAAGAAGAUUGUCCAAAGCACAGAUGGCACUUGGUUCUGCGAGAUGGACCAGAAGCCUUACGACAAACCAGAAUAUCGCUACAUCAUGUCACUCAGCGUCGCUGAUCACUCUGGUCAGCAAUGGAUCAGCGUGUUCGACGAAGUUGGCAAGGUGGUCUUAGGAAUGAGCGCGAACGACCUUAUGGAGCUCAAGGAAAAUGGAGACGAAGCAUUCGGUGCAGCUUUCCAAGAGGUCCUCUACAAGAAGUUUACCUUCAAGUGCCGAGCAAAGAAGGAUACUUACCAAGAUGUUCCCAAGAUCCGUCACCAAGCCUCUGAAGCUAUCCCUCUGGAUUUCAAGGCUGAGGGUAACAGAUUAGCAGAGCUUAUCAAGAAGUAUGACAUCAACGCUUAA